AUGACGCCUAGAAACUGCGAGUUUUCCGCAGAUAUCGAAAACAAACCGAAAACUUAUUAUUCUCAUGAGAAUAUUCAUCUAAGAGAACUCAAAGCUCUUCAUACGAUGAAGAUUGAAGCGACAAGCAAAUUCAGACAGUUUCUUGAUGAGGAGAUCUAUAGAACUGUGGUCAGAUGGAAUCAAGAACAUCAAAAGCAUCCAUAUCAUUUUGAUUUCCAUGGGUUGACAAGAAAAAGUGCAGAAUGGUAUAUUCUCGAUGUUUUGGCCAUGAUGAAGAAGAACAAUAUCACUGAAGCAAGAAUUGAGACUGGACGAGGCCGCCACUCCUGGGAUAAUCGACCUAAAAUUAAACCUCAUCUUAUGGAAAUGCUCAACAAACGCUCAAGAUGCUCAGUUGAGCCAGAAAACCACAAUGAUGGGGUUCUCAGACUGAAAAUUUGCUAG